UAAUAAACAGUAUAUCGUAACUGUGUGAAGUUUUUUAAUCUGUAGUGUUGUUGCUAGCUGGGCGGCCGGCAUGUGUAGCUGUCAUUGUUGAAUAUAUUUACGAAAUAAACAAUGCUACCGGAAUUCCUGAAAUCCCGUUUAAUCCAAUGGCUGGAGGAUCACCGCGAGUUCGUGGUGGCCUUCUUCUGCCUCCCCGCUAGCUUCAUAUUCACCGUGCUACUGCGCGCGCGCGCCUACCUGCGCUGGCUGAGCAGCGACCCGCAGCGGCACGAGAGCGCCGUCAGGAACAUACAGAGCCAGGUACAACAAUGGAACAAGCUACCGCGUCAAGACCGCCGCUUGCUCUGCACGUCGCGCCCAAACUGGCUGUCUCUCUCCACGACGUUUUUCCAGAAGCACCUCCACCACCAGGUUCCCAUACCGCUGUACGAUAUCCUGGAGCUGGACGAGCAGGCCAUGACCGUGAGGGUGGAGCCCAUGGUCACCAUCGGAGAUAUAACGGAGUAUCUCAUACCGAAGGGGUAUUCGUUAGCCGUCACUAUUGAACUGGUUGAUGCUACUAUGGGAGGUCUGGCCUUUGGAACCGGAAUGUCAACCCACUCUCACAAAGCUGGACUCUUCCACGAAACGAUCACCAGCUACGAGGUGGUCCUCGGCGAUGGCUCCCUGGUCACCGCCACUGCAGACAACGAACAUUCGGACCUCUAUAAAGCCCUGCCCUGGUGUCACGGGAGCUUAGGUUUCCUCGUCGCUUUGACGUUAAAGAUCGUCAAAAUAAAACCCUACAUCAAAAUCAAGUACAUCCCGGUGCGAGGACAGAAAAAGUACUGCGACAUGAUUCGAGAACUUUCCGGAACUUACGAAGCAAAACCCAAGGUGUUCCCUGACUACAUCGAAGGUACUAUAUUCAGUAAAGACGACGCCGUCAUCAUGGUUGGUGAUUACGCGGACUAUGACCCGAAAAUACCUGUCAACAGCUGUUCCAAAUGGUACAAGCCCUGGUUCUAUAAACACGUCGAAACGUUUUUGGAGAAACGGGAAUCUGAGGAGUUGAUUCCGUUAAGGGAUUACUUAUUAAGACACAACAGAGCUAUAUUCUGGGUGGUGGAAGACAUGCUGUCGUUUGGAAACAAUAUGCUCUUCAGGUAUCUAUUUGGAUGGCUGCUUCCUCCCAAACCCGCUUUCCUCAAGUUCACCACGACGCCAGGAGUAAGAGCGUACACCUUUACCAAACAAGUUUUCCAAGACAUCGUAUUACCGCUUCAAGAAUUAGAGCGACAGAUCGAAUUGGCAAGCGUUUUGUUCGAGAAAUUCCCAUUACUAGUGUAUCCGUGUAAAAUUAUUGAUCACGGACCAUCGUCGGGUCAGCUAAAGAGGCCUGACGCGAAGUACCUCGUCCCUGGUACGAACUACGCAAUGUAUAACGAUUUAGGCGUUUAUGGAGUGCCGGGGAAGGUUAAAGAAAAGAAGCCUUAUAACCCUGUUGCCGCUAUGAGGAAGAUGGAGGAGUUUACACGGGAGGUCGGCGGGUACUCGUUCCUGUACGCAGAUAUAUUUAUGACUCGUAACGAGUUCGAGGUUAUGUUCGAUCUGUCGUUGUACGAGCAGGUGAGGAAGAAGUACAGCGCUGUCGACGCCUUCCCGCAUUUAUACGACAAAGUGAAGCCGGAGAUCGAUGUGUUCGAGAUCGGGGAGAGCAAUGCUAUCGAGUAAAAUCUUUAAAACUGUAUCUGUAUGUGCGAUUGAAAUAUGUAUUUAAAUACAAACGAUUACUAUU